CUCUCCGCUCUCGUCGUCUCUCAUCAAAGCGGAUUUCCCGGGUCCCUUGUUUCAGGUAAUAUUUGAACGUGGUUUAACUUGUCGCCAUGGGAACCGUUGUCGAUGCUGCAAUCAAGGAGGCAAAUGGAAGUGCAACUGAGAAGAAACCUUCAGUUGUGUUUGUCCUGGGUGGCCCGGGCAGUGGAAAGGGUACCCAGUGUGCCAAUAUUGUCGAACAUUUUGGGUAUACGCAUCUGAGUGCUGGAGACCUUCUUAGAGCCGAAAUCAAAUCGGGUUCUGAAAAUGGAACCAUGAUCCAGAAUAUGAUUAAAGAGGGAAAGAUUGUGCCUUCUGAGGUUACAAUUAAGCUUCUUCAGAAAGCAAUGCAAGAAAAUGGGAACGAAAAAUUCCUUAUUGAUGGCUUCCCUCGUAAUGAGGAGAAUCGAGCAGCUUUUGAAAAUGUCACAAAGAUUGAGCCGAAGUUUGUCUUAUUUUUUGAUUGUUCUGAAGAAGAGAUGGAGAGGCGUCUGUUGAAUAGAAACCAGGGAAGAGAUGAUGACAACAUUGAGACUAUAAGGAAGAGAUUUAAGGUUUUUCUGGAAUCUAGCCUGCCGGUGGUGAAGUACUAUGAAGCUAAGGGGAAAGUUCAGAAGAUUGAUGCUGGGAAGCCUGUGGAAGAGGUGUUUGAAGCGGUUAAGGCCAUCUUUGCUCCUGAGCACGACAAGGUUGCAGCAGCAUAAGAACCAGAAGCAGACGGAUCAAAGGAAGAUUUAUCGUAUCGGUCAGGUGUCGGUGUGCUUCUUUUCUUACCAUUUUUUGUUUGUUUGGUGUUUUUAUAAAAAUAACCAUAAUUGCUAUACCAUAUAUUCUAUAUUAUUAUACCAAAAAUUAUACUACCAGUCAUCACCCCCUAAUAAGAGCCCAAGUAACUGUUUGUUAUUCUUAAAAAUUUUAAAUUUUUGGUAUGCGGUGGGACCAUGAUUUGGUG